GUGCGCUUGCGCAGUGAAGCCCGUGCGGGGCGCACCCCUGUGUGCCCCCGAAAUUCAGACUUUCCCGCAUCUUCUCGGUCUGGCGAUGCCCCCGACGUUGACAUGCCGGAGAUCCGCCUCCGCCAUGUGGUGUCCUGCAGUAGCCAGGACUCGACCUACUGUGCAGAAAACCUUCUCAAGGCAGACACGUACCGAAAAUGGCGGGCAGGCAAGGCGGGCGAGAAGACCAUCUCUGUGGUGCUCCAGUUGGAGAAGGAGGAGCAGAUACACAGCGUGGACAUCGGAAAUGACGGCUCAGCCUUCGUGGAGGUGCUGGUGGGCAGCUCGGCUGGAGGGGCCGGGGAGCAGGACUACGAGGUCCUUCUGGUCACCUCAUCUUUCAUGUCCCCUUCCGAGAGUCGCAGUGGCUCAAACUCCAACCGCGUUCGCAUUUUUGGGCCCGACAAGUUGGUCCGGGCAGCAGCAGAGAAGCGCUGGGAUCGUGUCAAAAUCGUGUGCAGCCAGCCCUACAGCAAGGACGCCCCCUACGGCCUGAGUUUUGUACGGUUUCACAGCCCCCCAGACAAAGAGGAGGCUGAGGCCUCAUCCCAGAAGGUGACCAAGCUCGGCCAGUUCCGCGUGAAGGAGGAGGAUGAGAGCGCCAGCUCCCUGAGACCGGGGGCGCUCUUCUUCAGCCGGAUCAACAAGACACCCCCAGUCGCAGCCAGUGACCCAGCAGGACCCAGCUAUGCAGCUGCUACACUGCAGGCCUCCAGCGCCCCCUCCUCAGCCUCCCCGUCCUCCAGGGCAGGGGGCAGCACCUCCAAGCCUCAGGAGUCCCCCAAAGGCAAGAGGAAGCUGGACUUGGGCCAAGAAGAAAAGAAGACCCCCAGCAGACCUUCAGCCCAGCCCUCACCACCCGCCCUCAAGAGACCCAAAUUACCGGCGCCCAGCCGUCCCCCAGCUGCUGCCCCCGCCCCUGCCCCAGCACGGGGGGCGGCACCGGGGAAGCCCCGAGGAGAAGGCGCUGCGCCCAGGGCGCCCCGUGCGGGCCCCCAGGAGCUGGGGAGGAUCCUCCAGGGUGUGGUGCUAGUGCUGAGCGGCUUCCAGAACCCCUUCCGCUCGGAGCUCCGGGACAAGGCCCUAGAGCUGGGGGCCAAGUAUCGGCCAGACUGGACUCCAGACAGCACCCACCUCAUCUGCGCCUUUGCCAACACCCCCAAGUAUAGCCAGGUCCUAGGCCUCGGAGGCCGAAUCGUGCGGAAAGAGUGGGUGCUGGAUUGUCACCGCAUGCGGCGGCGGCUGCCCUCGCGGAGGUACCUCAUGGCUGGGCCGGACUCGAGCAGCGAGGACGAGGGGGGCUCUCACGGUGGCAGCCGCUGCGGGGAUGAAGCCCCCAGGCCUCCCCGAAAGCUCCCCCAGACCAAAGCCGAGCCCCCUCAGGCAGCAGGGCCCAGCUCACCCCAGAGACUCCCAACCCCAGAAGAAACCAGACCGGCCUCGCCAGGGCCCCAGGAAGAUGCCGACACUGAGGGGGAGCAGUCAGAAGGACAGGACAACGGGGCAGAAGAUUCUGGGGACACCGAGGACGAGCUGAGAAGGGUGGCCGCGCAGAAGGAACAAAGGCGGUCCCCCGGCCAGGGGGAGGAUGGCGGGGACCCGUACGCAGGAUCCACGGAUGAGAACACAGACAACGAAGGUCCCCCGGAGUCUCCCAGCCUACCAGUUCCCGAGCUCCCAGACUUCUUCCAGGGCAAGCACUUCUUCCUGUACGGGGAGUUCCCGGGGGACGAGCGGCGGAUGCUCCGCCGCUACGUCACGGCCUUCAACGGGGAGCUUGAGGACUAUAUGAGCGACCGGGUCCAGUUUGUGAUCACAGCACAGGAGUGGGACCCCAGCUUUGAGGAGGCCUUGGUGGACAACCCCUCCCUGGUGUUCGUCCGCCCUCGGUGGAUCUACAGUUGCAACGAGAAGCAGAAGUUACUUCCCUACCAGCUCUAUGGGGUGGUGCCCCAGGCGUGAAGUAUGCGUGUGCACGCGCGCGCGCACACACAUACACACACACACACACACACACACACACACGAGUUUAAUAAAGGUGACUUGGUUUGGAGCAGCUGCCUCUCCCACUCGUGUCUCCCAGAACCCA